AUGUCCUCCGAGCUGCCGCCCACGUACGAGCGGGAGUGCCCCGAGGGCGAUGCGUCGGACGUGUUCGCUGCGCCGCCGCCCGACGAGCCGCAGAUGCUGAUCAUGCCCGCGACGGACGCGCUGCGCUUCCAGCAGGGCUUCCUCGGCGCCGACGGCGAGCGCGCGGCCAUCGAGGGCGAGCUCCAGGUCAAGUGCGCCCAGCCCACCCGCUGGCGAAAACUCACCAUGCACCUCCGCACAACAGAGUCCACCGCCGACCGCUCCAUCGAGCUCGCCCACACCGCCAUCGUCCUCUACGACCCCGACCCCGCCGACGACCCCGACGCCCCCUUCCCGUCCUCGUUCCCGUUCGCGAUCCCGCUCACCGCGGACACCCCGCAGUGCAUCCACACGCCCCAGUCCGCCCUCGCCCACGUCCUCUCCGCGACCCUCCACCCCGCCGACCCCGCCGCGCCCCCGCUCACAAAGGCCCUCGCAGUGCACACCCGCCGCUUCAGCUCACACACCCACACCCCCGCCAUCGCCCCCGUCACCCGCACCAUAGCCGCCCCCGCCCGCGUCGACGUCCAGGUCCCCCGCACCACCUUCACCGCACGCGAGCCCGUCCCGAUCUACGUCACCGUCCCGUCCCCGAGCAGGGAGCUCGUCGUCCAGGGCGGCCUCCGCCUCCGCAACAUCAAGGCCGAGCUCGUCCGCACCGUGCGCGUGCGCCAGGGCGACCCCAACGACGACCCCUGCGCCGACGAGGAAUACGACGACGAGGACGACGCGGACGACGAAGAUGGCGGCCGCCUGCCCCUCGGCGUGUCCCACGAACAGGCCACCGAGCCCUCCUCGUCCUCGUCCCAGGCCACCACCACCACCACCACCACCGCGCGCCGCCGCGCCCCAACCGCCGUCUACAAAACCGUCGUCUCGCGCUCGGGCGCCCUCUGCCGCUUCCACACCUCCCUCCCCGUCCGCCUGCGCUUCGUCCUGCACCAGUCCUCCCCCGCCUCCUCCCCGUCCGAUCCCGCGCGCCCGCUCCCCGCGGGCGACUUUGGCCUGCUCGACAGCGACGCCGAGUGCGGCUCCAUCACGCAGGCGACGCUCCUCCACAGCGUCGCCUUCCGCCUCCGCGUGCACGUCACCUUCCGCAACAUGGUCACCCGCACCGAGCACGUCUCCACCCUCGCCCUCCCGCUGACAUUUUUGCCCCCGCCCGCCCCGCUCCCCGAGCUCGAGGCGGGUAUGGACUCCGCGUACCACAAGAAGCACGACCGCCCCCCCGCGCGCACCGUCCGCGGCGACGACCAGGACGCCGCGCCGCACUACGAGGAGGGCGAGGCCGGCCCGAGCGCCGUCGUCGUCUCCGCGAGCGGCGAGCCCCCGCCGUUCGAGGAGCGCGACGCGCCGCCGUCCUUCGCGGAGGCCUCGACGUCCUCGCGCCUCCCGACCUUCCUCGAGUCGGAGCAGGAGAUCUACGUCCCCCCGCGCAGCGACGACGACGACGACGACGACGACGGCCACCCUAUCGAGCCGUCGCUCCCGCCGCCUCCAGGGCUCCCCGCGCAGCCGCAGCCGCAGCCGCGCCACGUCAUCGACGGCGAGGGCGUGCUCUUCGGCUUCCCCGCCUCCGCGCACUUCGACGGCCACGCGGAGGACGUCGACCGCACGGGCGCGCCGACGCCCCCGCCGACGCUCGAGAUGGCAACGCACGACCCGGACGUGACAGGCCUCGCCGACCUCGACCUCGACAUGGGCCUCGACAUGGGCCUCAACAUGGGCCUCGACCUCGCCCUCGACCCCGACGCGCCCGGCACCCGCGCCAUGCAAGCCCUCGGGCUCGGGCUCGGACUCGGGAUCGGGAUCGCCCUCGAGCAGCGCGAGGAGACCACCGCGCGCGGCCCGCCGCCGCCGCCGCCGCCCCCGAUGGACGACCCGUCCGACCCGCCGCCGUCGAUCCACUCAGAGUACCGCUCGCGCGAGGGCGUGCCGCACCAGAUGCCCGGCGCUCCCGCGUCGUCGCCGCCGCCCCCGCACCAUCACCACCACCACCAUCACCUCCAUAAUCACCACUCGCCGCCGCAGCAGCUGCAGCCGCCGGCCACGGGCGAGGGGGGCGCGCCGGCGUCGCACGCUCCGCCGCCGUAUCUUAUCCCUGAUGAUGACGACGACGGUGAGGGCGGGCACGAGCACGUGGCGAGGCCGCCGCCGUACGUGGACGUGAUGCACGAGCACUGAUGUGGGGCGGGUCGGGCGCAGUUGUAAGUUACGGUUCUCGUAGAUCGCGGAUCGUCGAGGCAGUUCAGUCAGCAGAUCAUUUUUGUUGUUGUUGUUGUUGUCGUUUUUUGUUGUUUCGAGUAUAAUGCAUGGACUCGGUGUGGUCAGACAGAAUACCAGCUCUAGGAGUCCGGGGGUCAUAAAAGCAGAUUACAUGUAAUGCAGAGGGUAGGGCGGAGACCAUGUAUAUAGAGAUCACAUCACAUCACGUCACAAAGAAUG